AAAACAGCUAUCCCAAAUAAUUCAUUUCUCCUCAAGUAUGAAGCGGCGUUCCACAUUAUUAUUUUUUUCAAUCUUUUUGGUGACUUUUGUGUUCAUUUGUUGGAACAUAUAUAUGGGCUCUAAUUACACCACAGUUCCGCCUGGUCUUCAAGAGAACGCGCAUGCAAGUCUUUCGCCGAACAAUUUCAUUGGUUUUAAUAUGGGCUCUAAGUAUACCACAGUUCCGCCUGGUCUUCAAGAGAACGCGCAUGCAAGUCUUUCGCCGAACAAUUUGAUUGGUUUUAAUAUGGGCUCUAAUUAUACCACAGUUCCGCCUGUUCUUCAAGAGAACGCGCAUGCAAGUCUUUCGCCGAACAAUUUCACUGGUUUUAAAUUUGACACCACCACUUCUUUAGUACAGGAAACACAAAGCGCUUCAUCUAUUCUGCUUUUUAUAAGGAUGUCAGGGAAACGCGAAGACCACAAGGUUCGAUUUUAUUGUAACAUGCUUAAAACAGUGGUUCUCUUUUGGCCACCGUCGCUAGGUAAAACGAUAAUUGUGCUUGACAAGGAGUCAGAGGAGGAUCAUAAGUUUGGCGCCCAACUCAGCAAUCAGAUCCGUGAACACUUUCCCAGCUAUACGUUUGAAGUGGGAUAUGAGCCAUUACCGAGAGAUGGAACUAUUUUAGAUUUCCCUGGUCAACGAAAACCUCCUGGCUAUAACCGACAGUUAUGGAGCAGUUUCUUAAUUGAUCUUUACACAAAUGAUGACAUCGUAGCAUGGCUAGAUACCGACUCACCUUUCCUGUUGCCAGUCACAAUGCCAACUAUCAUGACCGACGGAAAAGUUAGAAUACUGGGCUCUACUUGCACAAUGGGCAUCAGUUGGGUAAAGUCUUGGGCAGAAACCACUAAAAAGGCGAUAGGCUUUCCGCAGUUGGCCGAUUUUAUGACAUAUUUUCCGGUGUACAUGUAUCGUGACACUUUCACUCGUUGCAGGGAGUACAUACUGAAAAGAUUCAAUACUGACAACUUUGAAAAAGCGUUCAAGAAAUUCUACCAUACAGGAACUGGUUACAUUUCCCCUGUCUCCGUUGUCAUAAGCUACGCCUGGUACUUCGAAAAGGAUCGAUACAAUUGGAAUUUACAGAUUUGCGGCGAUUUGAAUACGUACAAUAAUCGAUUGCCUUCAGGUCAUAAGAUUCAGCCUGAACAUGUAAAAGAUGUACUAACACAGCCGCAAACGGCUUAUCACGGGCCUUUAAACGCUGACGACUUUUACGCAAAAGCAAUACCGAUUACUUUCUGUUUGGCGCAGGCAGCCGCUGGAAGGAAACCAGCAAUGUGCGAGAAACAUCCAUCGUCUGAGAUUAACUAUUUAUUAAAUCUUUUUAAGGCCGACAUGCAUAGCAUUAGGAAAAGUGAUCCACAUCCUUGUACUGGAAAUUUCACCAAAAGCUGUUUGGAUAUUUUAGAACGUCACAUUAAAAAAAUCGGAGGAGAAAUUAAAACAAAUUCACGAAGAAUUGAGUGGGAGGAUUUCGAGAAAGUCGACACGCUCGCCCGUGUGGCUGGUGUUACCUGCCCUGCGCAUCCUGUCUAAAUUUUUUUUAACUUUUUCGGAAACAUGAGCAUGAUGAACUCUGUCCAGCUUUUAGUCAUUAUCCGCCACUUGUCACGCGAGUUCGACAUUUUAUGUCACGCGAGUCACAUUAAGUUGGCGGCAUCAUUCAACCAAACCUGACCUGACUUAUGUGAAAUUUCCUGAACAGGCCUAGCCAGAGGGCUACCACGCGCGCAGAAUACCAAUAUGCUCAAUAUACCAGUAUAUAACUGAAAUUCCAGGCUACGUACGUCUAUCUGCCCGAGUACUUAAUCUUACAAAAAGUAUUAUGUGUUUUAUCGCCAUGGAUAAAAAAGUAUUGUAUACAGUACAAAAAGUAUUAUAUAUUUUGUCGCCAUGCAAUCCUACAGAGAACUUAAACCCCGUUCACACUAUACCAGAUUACUUUUCAUACCGGAUUAAUUUUCGCUCCGAAGUAAGAAACAAGGGUGUUUUAUACUAACUCUUUCACUGUCGCCAUGGAAACAAGUAACAUUUUUUGCCAAUAGGCAAUAUACUAAGAUUUAUUAAAAACAAGAAGUAGCAUACGCUUUCUUUGUAAAGUAUAACUUUGUUUAAUUAAAAAGCUUGCCCACCAGACGUUGGUUCGUUUCGCUCUAAUUCAAAACUGACGAGUAUUCCUUUAAAUUUUUCUCUUUCGAAAGCGAAAAGUCAAUGUUAUUAUCCUUUUCUUCAUUUGUCUUCGCCAGAAAUAGUAAAUAGUUGUAAGGCGAAACAAACAACAGCUAUAAAUUAUUGUAAAAGGGAGCAAAUAAAGGCGACAAUGUUAAAACAUACACAACGAAACUGAUUUUGUACCGAAGUGGUUACGCGGAGUGAUUUUUGCUCCGCGUCGCGUACCGGAUUACUGUGGCGUAGUGUAAACAGCAGCCGAAUCCGGUGUCCCAGGAAUUUCGCCCCCUUUAGGAAAUUCACCCCCUUUAAAACUUCACCUUUCCUUUAGGAUUUUCUUCCUCUGUUAAAAGUUUCGCCCUUCGCCAGUAAAGAAGAAAGACUCAUAAAUAACGAACGAUAAAACAGUUUGUUUUUACAGAGCAAUUCGUAUUCUCGAAGUGAGUCCAGUCACGUGAGUGACUAGCGUUAAAACCAGAGGUUAAAACCGAAAGUUCCGAUGUUUAUG